UGGAUGAGGACGAAGACUUUCAAGUGUCGUCGGUGUUGCAACCUCAUACUCAGGAUGUAAAGUUCAUCACCUGGCAUCCAUCAGAAGAGUUGUUGGUCUCCUGUAGUUACGACUACUCGAUAGUGUUUUACAAGUUCGACGGAGAGGACUGGAUAACUCAACAGAAAAUUCCUGAGGCCCACAAAGGGACGGUGUGGUGCGCUGCGUUUGACUCCGAAGGGCAUCGUUUGGUAACAGUUGGAGAAGAUCACAUUGUACAGGAUACACGAUUACCUCUAUAUUCAGUUUCUUGGCAUGCAGUGACUGGUCUUAUCGCUACCGGUGGAGGCGAUGGAAUGAUCCGGAUAUUCCGAGUCGAUGGCAAGGAAAAUGAAGAACGUUUGGAACAGAUCAGUGCUUAUGACACUGACGCAAACGAGUACAGUAGUCCUGCCACCCGCGAGUUGCAAGAAAGCUACAGCUAUCGAUCAGACGAACCCU